AUGUCAGAAGCUUCAAAGAAGGGGUGUAGCUUUUUAAAGGACAGCGAUGCUGGUCCACCACAGCUGGCCGGUGGUCUUCCAUCCAUAAAAGAUGUUACAACAACAGUGAAACAGCCAGAUCUACCGGUUGAUGUUCUACUGGUAACCGUGAAGGACUGUGAGUUCUUAUCCUGUUACAAUGAGCUAAAAGAUCCCUACAGAUAUUAUUACCAGGAUGUUGGUUACGUUUACUUCAACAAUGUUCAAAGUCAUGAAGAGAAAGUAAAAGUUGCUCUGCUAAGAUGCAUUGAAGGUACCAUUGACCCAAGCAGCUCUCUGAUUGCCGUCAAGAAUGCCGCCCUUAUUUUACAACCUAAGGCCGUGAUAUCUGUUGGGGUAUGCAGUGGUCUCAAUCCUGACAAAACUAAGUUAGGAGACGUUGUUGUAUCAGCCAAACUAACAACAUAUGCAUCCAAGGUGGUGACAAGCGACCAAGAGCAGUCAGCUGGGAUGAGUAGUCACGUGAGCAGGCGUUUCUCAAAAAUAAUCCCGAACUGCGCUGAUGGAUGGCAGGCAGCUUUAAAGAACCCAGAAGAUCGUCAGGUCAAAGUUCACUGCAAUGGCGAGUUCUUAAGUGGCCCAGAGCAGAUCAGAGCUCAAUGGCGCCGAAAGGAACUUGUCGACCGCCACCCCCUCGCGGCAGGAGUAGAGAUGGAGGGCGAAGGUGAGUGCAUGUCACGCUAGCUGCGAACAAUAGCGUUCUUAUACAGCUAUUAUAAUUAACUUUGUCGUAUAAGGGCUUCAAGCCUACGCCUAGGCUGCGAGCAAGCUCUCCAUUUAGAAGAUAUCGUGAAAAGUAGACGCGUGAGAGGCACGCGAGAGAAAAGGGGGCGGCUCCUCGCGACUCGCUUCGCUCGCCCAAAUAGGAGAGCUUGCUCGUACGUAGGCUAGCCUACGCCACAAGGACACAAGGUUAUGUUGGUUACUUUAAAUUCUUCAGUUGUAAUUCGGUCAUAAAGGUGAGACCAACAGUAUCAUAAAAGGCGCAGACGUUUACCUCCAUGGCUGGGAUUGAUUAAUAUUUCAGUAUGAAAAUACCCUGGAGUCCAGUUUUGAGUUCGUUAUGUCCGCUGACUAAAAGAAGUGGAGACGCAAUUUUUACAGGGUUAGCCUCCACGAGAAGUAAUUAUAUUCACAAAUUCCAACGAGAAUACCUGUUUAUUACCCUGUUUAUUGUGUAUAUUCUCAUAUUUAAACUCACUUGCCGAAAUUUGUGAAUAUUUUACUUUAUGCCGAGGCCAACGCUGCUGGAAUGUGUCGUUAAUGUUUGUAAGUUAGCGGUAAUUUUUAAUUCGAAAAAUUACUAUUAGCCGUUUUGCUUUGCAGUCUCAGCAGGUAGGCUUUUUGACACCUGUUGUGGGAUACAUCCAUAACUAAAAGAUUUUGAAAGAGUAUUGCAGGCGCCAUUUUUUUUAGAAUGAAGGGAGGAUGCGCGCGUACGAUCGGAGAAAAGGCGUGAAGGCCGUCCUCUUCUCGGCAUUCGCGUGUUUUUUUCUCGCACGCUCUAAAAAAACGGACCAAAAAAACUACCUGGCUCCUGCCGCGUAGGCUAUUGAAAGAGCGACGAAAAUAUUUAUCUUGAAUACGUACAUCGUAAUUACUUUAAGUAUUAGCGGUUGGAUUUAUUGGAUAUUGGAUUUUUAGGUGUUUACACACUUGACUGCAAUAACUGAUAUACACUUGGCGCCAUUUUCGCGCAACAAUUACAGAGUAAGAUUAAACAGGAGGCGCACAUGUAAUCGCUAAAAAAAGGGGGAACAUUUGUCUCUGUUGUUUUAAGUCUGAUUUGGUAUAGUCUGGAGACCUUCGAAACAAACAGCUUUCGAUCAAGAGGGCGGAGCUUUAUAGCUGCAAACUUGCAUAUACCUUAACGGAACUUCAACGGAAUUUUCGCUUAUAACAAUGAGGUAAUUGAAUAAAACAUAUUCAUUGUAAGAAAGAUUACAGUUGGUAAAUCAAAAGAAAGGGCGUGAAAAUCAUAAUCUGUACAUGUCGUACUUGGCUCUCGUCGGGGUCAAUUGCAUCUCUUGAUUUGGCGUUUUCUUGUCUCUGGUUGGUUUACUUCCAGGUUGUAAUCAGAAAAAAAAACAUUUUUUGCGAAAGUCAGUAAAAUCGUCAAAAAUUAUUGGAAUUUACACAUGCAGUUUAUACGCAAGGCAAUUAAUUCUUUAGUUUCUUUAAUCCGCAAGACUUGAUUUCCUAAAAAAGAUAUACUUCCUAAUUGUAUUCCAUAUUUCAGGUGUUUUCACCGCUGCACGUGAUUCUCAACUCGAGUGGCUCAUUGUUAAAGGGAUAGCUGAUUUUGCGGAUGGUGAGCAAGCGACUGCAGAAAGUUGGGAAGCCUGUGCUAGUGUGAUGGCAGCAUCUCUUGUCUCGCACAUUUUAAGUGAUCCUCGUGUUUUCCGCACUUGGCCUCAUUACUCAGGUAUAAAUUCUUGUCAGUUUGGUGUGUGAUGAUUAGGCGCAGGGGUAACAGGCCGAAUUUGCUGACAGUAAAAGAAGUCUUGAAUGUGUAUUGAGUGAGACAGUGCGGAAGUUCAGAUCCGAGAUCAGGAGGCUCGUCAAUAUUUUUCUUCCGUUUUACUAUUCCUUCUUCGUUGCCAAGCGGCGUGAAAUUAAGAGUUAGAAAGAAGCACUUGUGAGGAUUGGGGUCGUUACCUCAACUUUUAGACGCUCAACUUUAAGUUUAGCACUUUGAGAGUUAGACAAACUUUAAGAAAAUGUGCGUCGUUUCUGGACAAAAAUUCAGAUCGUACAUUCUUUCCGUAGCUAUAAAUUGCGUAUCGACUAAGAGUAAGACAAAAAACGCUAAUGAUGUCUUUGGCUGAUUCUUUCAGUGGACGGUCCUCUUUGAGGCUCAGCACGAUAGUGCGAGGAAGCGGAAGCUAGCUGAGAACCAUGCAGGUAAUACAUAAACAUUCAAUGUUUAAAAUGUUCUUCUUUCUUUAAAACUGACAUAUUCCACUUCUAGUUUCACUUUGGUUUUAAUGAGUCGCCCAACCAAUGCAAUCCGGGAAGUCUUUUGCUCGUGGAAUCCGGAAUUUUGGGCUUUGGAUUCUGGAAUUUAACUCUUGGGUUCCGGAACUCAUCCCCAGGAAUCCGAAAUCCCGCACCAAUGAAAAUCCGUAAUCCAAGUUCAACUGACAUGGAAUCCGGAAUCUAGUAUCUGGAGUCCAGAAUCCACAGCGUGGAAUCCAGGAUCAAAGACUUUCUUGGAUUACCUUAUAUUGGGCGAAAUGAAAAAACAUUCAUCAUGAGACGCGUACAGCUCCACACAUGCGCCUGACAUAGUUGACUUUAAGUCAGUUUAUUCUUUUGUAUGGAAUCACAGUCUAUUAAAAGAAAGAAAUGUGCUAGUAAAUCCAUCUAACUCAACCUUAAAUAUGCUGUUCAGUUGUCGGUCUACGGUCAGCUAUUUUGAUUAACGUUGCAGUUUAGGAGAGUCUCGAGGAGACCGCAAAUUAAUAUGGAUGAUUCCAUAUAAAAAUCAACCAAACCCUGAAGAAGGUAAAAGUUUGUGACGUUUUAUACCAUUCUGUAGCACUGUCAUUUAGUGUCAACCCCGAACUUUUGACCAAAUCACAAAGAAUUUACAGUUACCCACGUGACCUUGCAGUCUUUUGGAGUAUGCAUGAGGACUUGAAGUACGACAACGUUAACCGAAAUAAUUGUACAUGAUGCGGCCCGCGUGUCAACCAACGAUUUUUCUUCACCAGGUGCUUUGUGCGACGACCAGAGCUCAACACUAACCAAAAGGGGAAUGUAUACUGUCAGUACAUCUCAGCAAACUGAAUCCAUAAUUCAGCAGCAUCUUGCAGGUAUCUUUUCCUAACAACGCAUGUUGAAAUUGUGACUAAAGUCAGUUUAUGGUCAGCAUCAUAUUAGUAGAGCUUUAGACUGUUCCAGGUCCGCGAAAUUGAGAAAGCGCGAACACGCCCCCUUUUCGCAGAUGAUGGGCGCCAUCCCUACUGUCUGAGAGCCUGGAACAGGCUAGUACAGUUUUUGACGAGACUAACAGCAAUGCCCCUAAAAUGCUCAAAACGGUGCGUUAUGGUAAAGUUUUUUUUUUUAAUAAGGCUUCAUUUGAUUUAGGGAAAACUAUAGACACCAAACAGCUUUGUUUUUGCGUUUGUGACUCAACAAACAGAGAGUGAAAACUAAGUGAUACUGGAGAGAGUGACUAAUUUGCGUCGGGGCUCGCGUGCGACACACGCCAAAACUCCUCGCCGUCCACGGUGCUCUGUGUCUAACUAGCAGCGUUUAAUUUUCUGAAAGAAAAAGAAACUGUUUGGCAGUCUAGGGAAAAAAUGAGCCGACCACUAGCCAUUUCAACAUAAAAAAAUAUACACUCCCGCGUACUUUGACUGUUUUGAUUGCUACCAUUAGAAAAAAUCCGUCAACACCGCUGGAAAGGACACACUAAAAUCACUAAAGUUGCUAAGUUAAAGAGUGAUUUGUUGAAAACUAACCAAUAUAUAGCUUCAAAAAGACGUUUCUGUGGAAGAGAGCAAGUUCAUUUCCUCCAUACAAAAGUCUGUAAAAUUUCGGGACUUUGUCGAAGAAUAUCCUCGCUCGCUCUGGAUGUAUCGCCUUUAAAGACGCGCAAACCUACCGUGUGGCACGAAAUUUUAGCGGGUUUUAAUUUUUGCGAUUUUUCCAGCGAUCUGCAAAGGUAAGUUCCCGCAAAUAAAAAUUACCGGAAACGUUUUUGCCGCAAAAGUUCACUCCAAAGUAAAUAUUCUCUAACUUUAAUUCGCUACACAAACAAAAUAGUACCAAGAAAUCGUUUCUGUUCAAUCACAACUUGUCUCUUUCAUUCAGAAACAAAACGGUAUACAAUGAAAUACUGGUUUAUUUGUUUGAAAAUAUGUAUUUCUGUUGCACGUUCUCACUUAAAACGAAAAUACAGAAAAUAUUAUCAACGCUGGGCACUGGGUUCUUUCUGAAAAUCGCAAAAAUAAUUCCCAGCGAGAAAAACCACUCUGUCCAAAUCGUAAAAAUUAGUUCCCGCAAAACACAAAAAAUCGCCGAUCCGCACAAAUAAACUUCCGCAAAAAUUUCGUGCCACACGUUAUGUUGCUUUAUGUAAAUAUUUUUUCACAUAGUUCGUACUUCAUCUUAGGAUUAAGAAUCAUUACUGCAUGGUAAUCCCAAAAAGUCUUUAACUCGUUCGUUGUGCAACAUUACAACUGUGUGAAAGCGCAUCGUAGACGAUAAAGAGCGUGGACAGCUCGUACACUGUAUGACGGUGUUAUAAAACUAAAUGGAUCUUACUUUUAGUCUUUUGUAUUUCCCAGGGGUGCCGAGAACCAUAGAAAGGAUUCGUCAGCUUUACAAACGUCGUGAAGGACGGCUGGUGCCAUUUCCAUGGUGUGAUGACCUUAAUUUCAACCUGAAUAAGAUUUUCACCCGACUGAAGAUCGUGAACAGAGAAAAAACACGAGGAACGUUGACCGAUGAUGAAAUCACCAACAUGACUGCUAUCUUUAGACCCCACCCUGAUUGCCAGAAACCGCGGAUUCUUUUGAUCGAAGGAGAACCUGGCAUGGGAAAAACCACCUACACGCAGAAACUGGCCUACGACUGGGCAAAUAAACAAGAUGAAUGGGACACGUCUUUUCCAUCAAUUGAAGUGCUGCUCUUGCUUAGGUGUAACGAUGUUUAA